UUGAUAUCCGCAGAGAACGUACAAUACGUUCUCUGGUUUCGAUAUAUGAAUAUACGUUCUUUGGAUACGCUGAAUUAAUUUUUUUAUCGAAUGGCUGGCAACUCUUAACUCAACCACAGCAGUGACUGAACUCACCACGCCAUGUGCAUUGUCAGCUGUUCAACUGUUGACCAAAACGCACGUUUGUUUACAUUUACGCCUAGGAUCUAACAACAUUUUGAUUCGGAAAUGUUAAAAAAAGAAAUAAGUCCUUUUGCCACUUUGGGUUUGCGACCAUGGCUAACAAAACAGCUGCAAAAAUUGGGUCUAAAAACUGCUACUCCAAUACAGCAAAACUGCAUACCAGCAAUACUUGAGGGACGUGACUGCAUUGGAGCUGCGAAAACAGGAUCGGGUAAGACAUUUGCGUUUGCCUUACCAAUACUCGAAAAACUGAGUGAAGAACCGACCAGCCACUUUGCCUUGGUGCUAACACCAACACAUGAACUCGCUUAUCAGAUUUCCGAGCAAUUCUUGGUUGCUGGCCAACCGAUGGGUGUACGCGUAUGUGUUGUUUCGGGCGGUACUGAUCAAAUGAUUGAAAGUCAGAAAUUAAUGCAACGUCCACAUAUUGUUGUUGCUAUGCCCGGACGCUUGGCAGAUCACUUAACGGGUUGUGACACUUUUUCGUUUGAUAAUUUGAAAUAUCUUGUUGUUGACGAAGCGGAUCGUAUGUUGAAUGGAGAUUUCGAUGAAAGUUUAGCUGUAAUAGAGCGCUGCUUACCGAAGGAAAGGCAAAACCUUUUCUUUUCAGCGACAAUGAAAGAUUUCAUGAAAGAGUCUAGCAUAUUCCCUAUUUCAAAAGAGUGUUUCGAAUGGUCUGAAGAAUCUGAGGUGGCUACUGUGGAUACGCUUGAUCAACGUUAUAUGUUAUGCGCUGAUUAUGAUCGUGAUAUGGUUUUAAUCGAAGCAUUGAGAAAAUAUCGUGAAGAGAAUGAAAAUGCAAAUGUUAUGAUUUUUACCAACACAAAGAAAUACUGUCAACUGCUUUCGAUGACACUAAAUAAUAUGGGUAUAGAAAAUGUCUGCUUGCAUGGCUUUAUGCGUCAAAAGGAGCGCGUUGCCGCAUUAAAUCGUUUUAAAUCCAAUCAUGUACGUACUUUAAUCGCAACCGAUGUAGCCGCACGUGGAUUGGACAUACCCAGUGUUCAGCUGGUAAUCAAUCAUCGAUUACCACGCACACCGAAAGAAUAUAUACACCGUGUUGGGCGUACAGCACGAGCUGGACGCAAAGGAAUGGCUAUAUCGAUAUUUCGAUUUCCACGUGACUUGGAAUUGCUUGGCGAGAUUGAAACAGCAAUAAAUACGAAAUUAACAGAACAUCCACUUGAUCAACGCAUGGUGGAGCGCAUAUUUAUGCAGGUGAAUGUAACGCGUCGUGAAUCAGAAAUACAAUUGGACAAUAAUGAUUUUGAUGAGCGCGCACAGAAUUAUAGACGCAAACAGUGGAUUUUGGAAGGCAGGGAUCCUGAUGCGAUGGAAGAAAUCUAUCGCAAAAAGCAGCGCGAUAAGUUACGUGAAGCUCGCCGUCAACGCAAAGAACGGCAAAAGGAAUGGGCGGAAAAGGUACCUACGCUCACGCAAGAUGAACGUUUCAAAGGUGUUGAUGCGGCACGUUUUGAAAAUCGUAAAAAUACAAAAUCCGCACAACAAAAAACUGAAAUAAGCGACGGUAAAAGUGUAGUAAAUAGUAAAUCAAACAGAAAAAUAAAAUUAAAUAGUAAAUCCAAAGUAAUUAACAAGAAUAAUACGAAAAAGAAUGUAAAAUUGUUAAGUGGUGAAAAACAAAACAAAUUUAUUAGAAAUAAAAAGAAAACCAAUUAAAUCGGUUGUAUUGGU